AUGCAGGGACUCGUCCCCACGGCGGCGGAUGGCAACAUGGCGACAGAGUUCCACAACCUGCAGGAGUUGAGGCACAGUGCAUCUCUGGCUAAUAAAGUCUUCGUCCAGAGAGACUACAGCGAAGGAACCACCUGCAGGUUCCAGACCAAGUUCCCCUCUGAGCUGGAGAGCAGGAUUGAGCGGACGCUGUUUGAGGACACUGUGAAGACGCUGAAUAACUUCUACGCCGAGGCGGAGAAGAUCGGAGGCCAGUCGUACCUGGAGGGCUGCCUGGCCUGUGCUACAGCGUACCUCAUCUUCCUCUGCAUGGAGACUCGCUAUGAGAAGGUGUUGAAGAAGAUAGGCAAGUACAUCCAGGAGCAGAAUGAGAAGAUCUAUGCUCCCAGAGGGCUGCUCAUCACUGACCCCAUAGAGAGGGGAAUGCGGGUCAUAGAGAUUUCCAUCUAUGAGGACCGGGGCUCCAGCGGCUCCAGCUCAGGCAGCAGCUCGGUGUCCGGCAGCACGGCUCGAUGACUGGACCCUCAGUCCACCACGUCCCCCUGAUCACUCACGGCCCCGAGGAGACUCUAGGACAAUGAUGCUCCUCCUGCUCCAUCCACCCACCGCUACGUCACACAGAGGAUUCACUGGCUUUUUUUCUAACAGAGUAAGGCAUGUCACGCCUGAUGUGCCAUCACAUGCUCAAAGUGUGUUCAAGCUUUUUUUAACACGCACUGUAGUAA